AUGGAAACUGAGCAGCCCUCGGGAAGCUUUAAGCUUAGAGGAAUCAGUAAGCUUAUCGAGCAAUCAGUUGACAAAGCCAAGCGAAAGGGUAAGAAAGCUCACGUAUUCUCAUCGUCAGGUGGCAAUGCCGGUCUAGCUUCGGCGUAUGCCAGCAGACAUUACCAAGUUCCAUGUACAGUGGUGUUGCCUAUCACAUCAAAGCAGGUUGCAAUAGACAAGCUCAAGAGCUACGACGCUGAGGUGAUUAUACAUGGAGCACACUGGGGAGAAGCUGAUGAAUACCUCAAGAAGACCGUCAUCAGUAAAGCUGCUGCAGAGAUCGAAGCAGUAUAUUGUCAUCCAUUUGAGAACGAAAUGCUUUGGGACGGCCAUGGCGACUUGGUCGAUGAGAUCUACGAACAAUUAACAGAACAACAGGUAGAUCCAGCCAGAGUGAAGGGUAUCGUGCUUAGUGUUGGCGGGGGAGGUUUAUACAAUGGAGUUGUCACAGGUCUUCGUAGAAACCAAGAUCUCAAAAAUGUUCCUAUAAUGGCGAUGGAGACGAUCCAAACAAAUAGCUUCAGUGAGGCAGUCAAGGCGAACAAGGUGGUCACUUUGCACAAAAUCGAAACUAUUGUCACUUCUCUUGCGGCACCUGCGAUAUCCACAACUACACUUGAAUACAGCAAGGUUCAUCCCACAUUUGUUGAGCAAGUCGAUGAUCUUGAGGCGGUGAAAGGUUCCUUAGAUUACUAUGAUAGACUAGGUGCGUUGAUCGAACCAGCAUGUGGAGCGACUAUCGUAACAGCAACAAGUAGACAAGAUCUUUUGGGGAAAUUUGGCUAUCUUAAUAAAGACGAUAUUAUCAUCUUCAUCGUAUGUGGUGGAUCUGGGGUUUCUGAGGCAGACAUAGACAAAUACCGAGCGCUCGUUUUGGCUGCAAAUGAAAAUGAAUCACAUGCAUAA